AUGUCGGAAACCGCUCCCGCCGAGGCCGCCACCCCGGCCCCCGUGGAGAAGUCCCCCGCCAAGAAGAAGGCGACCAAGAAGGCGGCGGGCGGGGCCGCGGCCAAGCGCAAGGCGUCCGGGCCGCCCGUGUCCGAGCUCAUCACCAAGGCGGUCGCCGCCUCCAAGGAGCGCAACGGGCUCUCGCUGGCCGCGCUCAAGAAGGCGCUGGCGGCCGCGGGCUACGACGUGGACAAGAACAACAGCCGCAUCAAGCUGGGCCUCAAGAGCCUGGUGAGCAAGGGCACCCUGCUGCAGACCAAGGGCACCGGCGCCUCGGGCUCCUUCAAGCUCAACAAGAAGGCGGCCUCCGGCGAGGCCAAGCCCAAGGCCAAGAAGGCGGGCGCGGCCAAGCCGAGGAAGCCUGCGGGCUCCACCCCCAAGAAGCUCAAGAAAGCGACGGGCGCCAAGAAGUCCGUGAAGAAGACCCCCAAGAAGGCCAAGAAGCCUGCGGCCGCCGGUGCCAAGAAGGUGGCCAAGAGCCCCAAGAAGCCCAAGGCCGCCGCCAAGUCCAAGAAGCCGGCCAAGAGCCCCGCCAAGCCCAAGGCGGUGAAGGCAAAGGCGGCCAAGGCCAAAACUGCCAAGCCCAAGGUAGCCAAACCCAAGACUGCGAAGGCCAAGAAGGCGGCUCCGAAGAAGAAGUAG